AUGCCUCACGCAGAUUCCGCUCUCGUACCGCCCGGACUUGACCAACCGGCUUUUUGGAAUCAUGUGCAUGACCAAGUACAAUUGUUGCUCGACGGGCAGAGGGAUUGGAUUACCAACCUCGCUAAUGCUUCAUCAUUGAUUUACAACUCUUUGCUCGCAUAUGAUGCUCAUUUCGGGAGCGGACCGAGGGCCGUGAAUUGGUGUGGAUUUUACAUCAUCUCGCAACUAUUCCCGUCUCCACAGAUCACGCGGUCGCGAUCAGACGAGAGCAGGUUGGUUAACUCAAAUCGGCUGCUGCUGGGACCUUUCUGCGGCAAGCCAGCAUGUCAGUUCAUAAAUACGACACCGGGAAAAGCGCGCGGAGUGUGCGCUGAUGCAUUUCUAAAGAAAAGCGCAGUCCUCGUGCGGGAUGUGGGAACAUAUCCGGGUCACAUCGCAUGUGAUGGAGAAACAAAGAGCGAGGUUGUUUGCCCUCUCAUUGUGGACGUGAGCGGGGAGCAAACUGUGGUUGGAGUAUUAGAUUUAGAUUGUCUCGCUCCGGGAGGAUUUAGCGAGGAGGACGAGCAUGGACUGACGAGGAUUGCACGACUUGUGGCCAACGCGUGCGACUGGUAG